AUGGUUUGUUGUAUAAAAAGAUUGUCGAAGGGAAACGUGUGUUUAAAUUUUUGUUAGGUUUGAACAAAAAUCUUGAUGAAAUCAGAGGAAGAAUCAUGGGAGUAAAACCUCUACCUAGCCUCAGAGAGGCAUUCUCUGAAGUGCGUCGUGAAGAAAGUCGGAAAAAUCUCAUGAUGGGAUCCCAUCAACAACUGAAUAUGGCAGAAAGCUCGGCUCUUAAGACUCAAUUCGCUCCUUUUGACAACCGUCAAAAAAUUAAAGGAGGUAGACCUUGGUGUGAUCAUUGCAGAAAGCCGGGACACUCAAGAGAAACUUGCUGGAAGAUUCAUGGAAAGCCAGUAGAUUGGAAGCCACGUCAACCACUUGAGAAAGAAGGACGAGGCAAUCAUGUGGCUACCGAUGAACAAUCGCCACAACCUGAAGCUAGCCCUUUUAAUAAGGAGCAAAUGGAGAUGCUUCAGAAACUACUGUCUCCUCUUUUGUCAGUACAGUCACAAACUGGCUCAUCUUCCAACCAGCUCAUUGGUUCCGGAACCUUGGCUCACAAAGGAUUUGGAUUCGGGGAAGACGAUUGGCAAUGCUGAGGAAUGCUCUGGACUCUACAUCCUUAAGGAGCUCCAUGAUCCACAAGAACAACCUCAAAUGGCAGUUGGUAGUAAUUCUUUUUCGGUUUCAUGUCAAAAUAACGAUAGUGCAAUUAUGUUGUGGCACUAUCGCUUAGGUCAUCCAAAUGUUAUGUAUCUCAAGCAUUUAUUUCCUUCAUUAUUUCAUAAAAAUCCAAAAUCCUUUGAGUGCGAAAUCUGUCAAUUAUCAAAGCAAGUCCGGUCUCAUUUUCCCAUUCAACCCUAUAAAGAGUCUAGUCCAUUCUCAAUGAUUCAUAGCGAUAUCUGGGGUCCGUCAAGAAUAAAAGAUGUAACUGGUACUAGGUGGUUUGUCUCAUUCAUAGAUGAUCACACUAGAUUAACUUGGGUAUUUCUCAUGAAA